CACUCAGAAAGGCCGCUGGGUGCGGGGAGCGUAGAGGCGGUGUAGGGCGGCUGGCUCGCCUCGGCGUGCAGUGCGCGUGCGUGGAGCUGGGAGCUAGGUUCUCGGAGUGGGUCGGAGAUGGCGGCGGCCGACGGGGCUUUGCCGGAGGCGGCGGCUUUAGAGCAACCCGCGGAGCUGCCUGCCUCGGUGCGGGCGAGUAUCGAGCGGAAGCGGCAGCGGGCACUGAUGCUGCGCCAGGCCCGGCUGGCUGCCCGGCCCUACUCGGCGACGGCGGCUGCGGCUACUGGAGGCAUGGCUAAUGUAAAAGCAGCCCCAAAGAUAAUUGACACAGGAGGAGGCUUCAUUUUAGAAGAGGAAGAAGAAGAAGAACAGAAAAUUGGAAAAGUUGUUCAUCAACCAGGACCUGUUAUGGAAUUUGAUUAUGUAAUAUGCGAAGAAUGUGGGAAAGAAUUUAUGGAUUCUUAUCUUAUGAACCACUUUGAUUUGCCAACUUGUGAUAACUGCAGAGAUGCUGAUGAUAAACACAAGCUUAUAACCAAAACAGAGGCAAAACAAGAAUAUCUUCUGAAAGACUGUGAUUUAGAAAAAAGAGAGCCACCUCUUAAAUUUAUUGUGAAGAAGAAUCCACAUCAUUCACAAUGGGGUGAUAUGAAACUCUACUUAAAGUUACAGAUUGUGAAGAGGUCUCUUGAAGUUUGGGGUAGUCAAGAAGCAUUAGAAGCAGCAAAGGAAGUCCGACAGGAAAACCGAGAAAAAAUGAAACAGAAGAAAUUUGAUAAAAAAGUAAAAGAAUUGCGGCGAGCGGUAAGAAGCAGCGUGUGGAAAAGGGAGACGAUUGUUCAUCAACAUGAGUAUGGACCAGAAGAAAACCUAGAAGAUGACAUGUACCAGUUGCUCUGUCACCUAGGCGGGAGUGGAGUGGCACGAUCUCAGCUCACUGCAACCUCCACCUCCUAGGUUCAAGCAAUUCUCCUGCCUCAACCUCCUGAGCAGCUGAGAUUACAGGUGUGCACCACCAUGCCCGGCUAAUUUUUGUAAUUUUAGUAUAGACGGGGUUUCACCGUAUUGCCUAAGCUGGUCUCGAACUCCGGGCUUCAAGUGAUCCAUCCACCUCGGCCUCCCAAAAUGCUAGGAUUACAGGUAAGAGCCACGACACCUGGCCUGAUCAUUAGGUCUUAAGAUUUAUUCUCCCCUUUGCUUUGCUCUAGCACUACAAGAAACAGGUUGACUAAACAAAAACUCUGAAUGAUAACAGUUAAAAUUUGAAAAAACUGGCCAGGCGCAGUGGCUCACGCCUGUAAUCUAGCACACUUUGGGAGGCCGAGGUGGGCAGAUCACCUGAGGUCAGGAGUUCCAGACCAGCCUGGCCAACAUGGUGAAACCCCAUCUCUACUAAAAAUACAAAAAUCAGCCAGGUGUGGUGGUGGACGCCUGUAAUCCCAGCUACUCGGGAGGCUGAGGCAGGGGAAUCACUUGAACCCAGGAGGCGGAGGUUGCAGUGAGCCAAGAUUGCGCCACUGCACUCCAGCCUGGGUGACAGAGUGAGACUCUGCCUCCAAAGAAAAAUUUAAAUUUCAGGUACUAAUACCUAUUCAAAAAAAUACAUAAUUUCAAUGAACCCCAGAAGUUAAAUGUAAAACAAUGUUUUAUCAUUACACACUCACUGUUUUAUGAAAUUUAUUUAAAUGUUUCUUUGUCAUACACAAUAUAUAUCAAGGUUUGAGAAAUCUGGAGCUUGUAUUUAGAAACUGGAUAGACUAGAUAAACCUUUUCCUGAACAUUUAAAACAUGUUGAGAUAUUAUAGUUCAAAACCAAAUCAUAAUAAUGCUUGCUCUUUCAAGAAUGAAUGAAACAUCAUCACUCCCAUAGCACUGAAAGAAUUAGAUCUAAAAACCAUUAUCUAGGCAGAGUCAAAUUUCAUGUUUUACAAACAGAACAAUGGCAAUUAACGGCCUUAUUUUUAUACCCAUACAAUCAGAGCUUCAACAUGUCUAAUUAAAUAAUUUUUACCUGUGGAUGGUUCCUCCAGACCUCAAACAUAACUCUUAGCACAUGUAACUUUCCUUCAUCACUUUCAGCUAGGGUUUUGAAGACUUCAUGAAACCUUUUGAUAAUGAUGGGAAAAAAAUACCAUAUAUACUUAUUCAUUAAACAUUUUAGUGUUUUCAAAGCCUUUUCAAUGUUACUCAAUUUAUAAUGCAAUAUAUAAAUGCAAAAUAACUAAGUAUUAACCAUUAAGGAUGCAAAAAGUGUGAUUACAGAUUCAUAGUUUUUAAGGAAGCUGUCACAAAAUCUCAAGACAUUUACAAUAUACUACCGUUAGCCCAGGGCUACAGUUUAAAAGAAUAGGUAAGGACUAAGGAACUGUCUUCAAACAUGGUGAAAUAUUCAAACUGCAUCUUCUGUGGGAACCCUGCAAGUAAUAUAAAGCCUUGGAGACAGAGACGGGGUGAGAUGUCCAGUUUCUCUGCUUGGCUGAAGGAAAAUCUAUGUGCUCUUUCUUCCUUUGGACCCUGUCUGACAAGUUAAAAAUACCUGUCUUCAGAUGCCAACCUUUGCGUGACUCCCAACAAUGUAGCUGAUUCUAAUUUCUUCUUACAUUGCUUUGGAAAGAUACUUAGCGUGGGAACUUCCAACUGCAUAUGACUGUCCCAAAAAUCUAGGUUUUUCACUAGUUUCUUUAAAUGUCUAUAUGAAAAAAAGCACUUACCAUGUAUAUAUGCCAACUGUACAAACAGACUGACGGAAGCCUUAGGAUAUGGAUUUUAGCUACCACAAACCCAAACCCACUGUAUCCAAUUAUACACUAUUAAGAUCUUCAUAUUCAACAAUCUUAGGUAAAAAUUACCAUACCACUGGUGUUCACCAAGCAAAAUUCCAAACUCUCAAGCAAGGCUCUGUACUCAUACAUACUUUGCAAGAGCACUGAAGGAGUGGCUGAAUGAUUUGGCUGCCAAGUGUAGCAGAGUCUGUACAAAGACUUCUAUUUUCAAUGGGUUAAAACUGAAUCCUUCAUCUGAAAAAUAUUUUAUAGUAAAACAGAAAAAUGUAAGCACAGCAAUUCCUUGGUGCCUUACCUCAAAUGCUAAAUAGAUGGUUGCUCACAUCUAUACACAGAUAUUUGUGUAAUGUUUUUUGGUUCUAAUAAACAAUAAAAGACCAUCACUGAUUUCAAACACUGAAAAUAUGAAACCACUUGUAAUUUUAAGUCUUAGUUUUAUAUGACUGUCUUAAUUCUAUCAUCCAUUCCUUGAAAAAAAAAAAAUCACACAGGUUUCCUUAUUCAUUAGUCUCUAUUAUAUUAAUACCAAAAAAAAAAAACCAAAAAACCCAGCAAACCCUUAACACUUAAGCUUAUGUCUUAAGAUGUCUGACAACAUCUGAAUUUAAUGCCAUCAUUUUGGCUUAUGCUUUCUAAACUCAUUUUCUCUAAUAUCAUAAUACAAGUUUCUUAGAGAUAUCCAAACAAAAUCCCAGUAAUAAAUACCCAAAGGCCACUAAUAUCUUAUUUUGAUUCAGUAGUUUUUCUAUGUGCAUAUCCAUUUAUUGAUUCAGGCAACUGUAUAAAUUAUUUUGUCAAUUUUCCCACUCUUGCCCAGAAAAACUCCUAGGAUUCUGGUUGGAAUUAUAUGGUAUAUAACUGAGUUUAAAUGUUAAACAUUAUUAUUCUAAUAGCUUAACUUGGAGAAAACAUCCAACUUUAUAACACACCGAGUCUUUCUAUUCAGGAACUUCUCUAUGGUGAAAGCAGGGGUUAAAAAUCCUUGAAUGGUAACAUAUUUCACUUUGUAUUUACAAUGAAGUUUAUAUUCUUAAGUAAGCUAUAUCACAGAAAUGUUAGGAUCUUUUUUUAUAUAAGGGGAAAAUACCUGGGGUGCUAAGAACAACAGUCUGAACAGGUCAAACAGAUACAGAUAUAUUGCUUUAAGAGCAUCAUGUUGCCAGAGUUAUGUUUAUGCUUUAAGUUGGCCUAUACAUAGUUCCACUUAAGAAAUACUGAAUUCCACUUACCGUCGUCAUCAUCCUGGUUAGGAUUUGGUACAUCUUUCAGAAUGCUGAAGAUUUCAUCAUUGGUUGCCUUACUUUUAAAGGCAACAGCUAAACAGAGGGCAACAGAAUGUCCAGGAAGAGAAUCUAAACACAGAAUUGGGGGUAAGGGGAAUGACAGAUCAGGUUUCAAGACUAUUCUAAUGAACAGUUAAAUAACUGAGAAAAAUUUUUUUAAAUUCUUCCUUUCAAAAUAGGAUGCUCUUUAUCCCAAGGUCAAUAUUUAAUCACAUAUAAAUACCAUAUGUGAAAGCUUUUUCUAAUAGGUUAAUGGUUUUUCACCUAAAAAGGGACAAUUCUCAUUUCAACAAUUCAUUAAGGACACUUAGCUAAGUAAAAUUUAGAGCACAAGGUGCUGAUCAUCCUCAAGAUGAAUGGUAAGGAGAAAAGUGGACACAGUUAAACUGUCUUUUAAUGCCCUCAACUCUCCUGGGCUCAAAAUCCCAGAACCAACGUACUUCUCUUUCAUUUUGCCAACACCCACUUCCUCUUUCUUUCCUCGGGACCGUGGAAAUGAAGUAAGUCUGAGUCUCAACAAGGUAAUGGCUGCCAACUUCAAAGAGGUUUUGUUUUUUGUACUUUUCUUUUUUGCUGAGUCCACAAGCUUGAAUCUACGUAAGUCAGAUGCUCACGUGAUGGGACUCCUUGUAUUUACUAUUGGUUGGUAUCAGUUGAGUCCUUAUUAUAAAAAUUUGUGCUAAUAUACACCGUAAGGCAUCACCAGAGCAACAAGAAAUCUGCUUUUAAUGUAAGGUAGACAAAGAGGUAACAAAAAAGGCAAUCCUGUUAUACAGUAUGAGUUACUGGAAUGAAUAAAGUAAAUUACAACAGUCAUGUGAGGACAGUCAUAUUACACCUGCUGUGAGCUUUUUCUCUAAAAGAAAGAAGGCGAAGAAAAACAGAAUCCCCUGUCACCAGUCUACAUUCUAGCUGGGGAACCAAGAUAUUCACAUUAGACACAGCCAGGAAGCAAUACAAAACUGGCUUGCUAAAGGUUAAAAAAUAUUUACAGCUAUUGAGCUUGGGCUAGAAUCUAGAAGGAGAAAAGGAAGUGGAGCUAGAAAGGACUUUCCAGACUGGGGUAAUGGCAACGCCAAGAACAAGGAGUAUGGAAAAAAUAAAAAAGUACAUGGACCUGGCAGAAAUAGAGGUCCAUGUGGGGAGAAGUGAAAAAUAACAAAGUAGGAACAAUGGUUACGAAGGCCUUGAAUGUUAGGCGGAGUUAUUCCUAUGGGGAAAAAAGAAAGCUUAAUCUUCAACAGAAGUCUGAGCUUUCUGAUAGCAAAGACUAUACCUUAUCAUUCUCGGAACCAGUACAGGACAAAACUCAAAACCCGGCACUUCUAAGUGCUGCAUGAACCUUUGAUCUGCCAAAAAGCACAGUGGCUAACAGCAUGGCCACUCAGUUAGUGCACCUAUGCCUGAAUUUGGGCUCCACCACUCAAAAGCAAUCUCAUUCUAGCUUGACCUCUUGGAAGUCAUUUCCUCAUUGUAGUUUUGAUAAUCAUAUCUAUUUUUCAGAGUUGACAUAAUGAAAUAGGAAAUGUACCAGGACCGACACAGUUUAUUUCAAGGAAAACAGGUACAGUCAGAGACAGAGGUGGAGAAACAGGCACACAGUAUGAAAAGCAAAGAAUAGCAGAAAGUUAUGAGAUACAAAGAACCUCUACACAACACAAAAUGGAAGGAUCAUGGAGGGGCUGUGUUAAGUGUAAUCUGCAAAGAACAAGGUGAAAAAACUCCACACCUAACUCUACCAGUGAUCAACAAUGUAUAAUACUUUACCUUCAUUAAGUGUAAAUACUAUGCAAAGGGCAAAAUGGCACAUCAAAUUACACUCCCUGAUUUAUGGUGCAAUUUCAGAGAUUAUGUGGCCAAAAGGUAAGAAAAUCAUAAUUAAGAAUUUACUUUUAAAGGCAUACUGCCACAAAUAUGUGCAUCUAUGUUCUCAAUACCACACCUGAACAAGAUAAUGAAUUCAAGUAACCUCCAUCACCAUGACAAAUACACAUUUUCAGUUUAGUAAGUUCUAACUAUAAAUUCAUCUUGCCAUACUUAACACAUUCAAAAGAGAAAAAAUGAUAAGCCAGUAGUAAUUAAUUUUAUCACAACCAAAUCCUCAAAAUGAUGACAGGGCAAAUAAAACAGUGGCUAAUGAUAGACCACCUUUCAAAUACAGGAAAUACAAACCCCAAGAAAAGAAAAAGUUCAAUUUCUCCACUUUAAACAACUAACUUCAGAUAUACUUGAACUGGUACCUUUUAAAGACAGAGGGAUUAGUUUCAUUACUUACUGCUACUUUCAUCUCCAUACUUGUAAAUGCAGGUUGGGUUUGCAGGACAUAGAGCUGAGAAGGUAGGAGGAACAAUAUCUAAUAUACGCUGAUGGUAAGACAACCUACAAUACAAAUAACAGCCUCAGAAAAUAUCUUUUAUCAGUCCCAUUCUUCGGUAACACCCAACUUACCUGGAAAGUCACGAUCUCCAACAACUUGAACUCAGCUGACAACCAAGAAGUGAAAGGGAAAAAAAAAUCCUUUGAGUUUUUGUCUAAGCCAGCACACCAAAUCUCAGGUAUACUGCAAAACUCACUGGCUUGCACUGAGGUGCGGGUGAGUGAGCUCAUGAGCCUGGUGGCCAAAUAUGUGGGGUGAUGAUGGGGCAUGGUGGAGAUGACUGCACGCUUUGGAAACUGGCUAUAUUCUAUCAAAUAAAUAAAUAUUGAGGAUAAUGGAAGCCAAGUUUCUUACUGCCUGAGAAGGUAUUUACAAAUCAUGGUAGAGAAGAAGUGUAGAAAUAAGGUAUUGAGUUGGAAUUGGAGGCAUAUAUACACACAGGUGGACAUAAAAACAGUUAUGGAUGGAUGGAUGUGUGUCCACCAAGAGGUUUAGAACCAAUGACACCCCAAUGGCAAUGAGCAUAUCAAGUGCCCAGAUCUUGGCUCCUAAAUACCAUAUUCCAUUACUACUUUACUAGAAAUUAGGGCUCCAUGAAUAAAUAGAUGAUUCCAGCGAUAGGGCAAGAAAACGCAAGAUGAUCCUAAACAUGUUGUUCUAGAAAAUAAGGGAAUGCUCAAUGAAUGGCUGAGGACGUUAAAAAAAAAAAAUAUAUAUAUAUAUAUAUAUAUAUAGAGAGAGAGAGAGAGAGAGAGAGAGAGAGAGAGAGAGACAGAGCUUACCGAACUACAUAUCAGGGACAAUUUGGGCAUCAAAAUAAAUAAUCCUCAUAGUUUAUAACCCAUCGAAUGAAAUAUAAAUUAAUUAGUCCCUAGUGAUAUAUAAAUAAAGGAAAAAAUAAAUGGGGGAGAAAGGACAGCUCUUACAGAAGGCCCACUAAUAAAUGUAGAAAAAAUAAUGGAAUGAGAAAAUCAUCACUUGGCAACCAUCUUAGUGGUAGCUGCUAAAAGCAGGAUGGAGAUCUGAUGAAGAACAGAGUAAGAGUAAAACUUCAGAAUAUCUAAAAUACUAAUCAAUUCUACUAAAGGGAAAAAUGGUGAGGUUAAGGUAGAGAAAGCUGGCAGAUAUUGACAUGACCAGGUGGAUCAAGAUUAACAUCACCAGUGGUGGGAAUCAUGUGCCUCUAGAAGUGACACACCAAGAGCAUUAACAAUUUAAGACCUCAGUCUGCUCAUGAGAAAUAUCAGAGCAAUCCAAGUAAGGUCUAGACUCUUUCAAAC